AUGAAUGAUACUACAACCGCAGAUAAUUCAAUCAUGAGUGCUGACAUUUCAAGGGGAAGUGCUUCUGCUAGCGUUGAAUCGGCAAAUAACACAGAAUUAGUGGAAAGAUUACACCGUCAGUUACGCGAUCUUGAGAGUGAAAAUACAGAACUUAAAAGAGCAAUCCCUCAUUUAAAGAAUUAUGAAGGGCAAGACUGCACUAAAUUUGUUACUGGUAAAUUAAGCGAGCUAGAGGAACAAAAAAGCAAAUAUAGAAGAGCAGUUGACCGCUUGGCAGAUCUGAACAGGAAAUUCCAAAAUUUUAAAGAUGAUGCAGAAGAAAGGAUCAGAGAGGGUGACAAAAAGUAUAAUGAUUUGAAAACCACGGCUGAUUAUCUUGAACAUGAAAAUAGCCAGUUGAGAGAUCGACUCAGAAAUGAAGAAUCUAUAAACUAUCACUUACGUGAAAAUCGUGUUGCGUCUCCAGCCGACGACAGGUUUGAUCGUUCAUUUGAAGAUUGUUUACAACAUAUUGAUCAAAAUUCUGAUUGUGAAAGCAGACAAAGCACAGCGAGAACAGAACGUCCUGAUUCGGUACGAGAACAUGCUCUUGGUCAACUUCUCUGUGCUCUUUUUGAUAAAUUACGCACUACUGCUGAUGUUUUUGCUCAAAUUCAUAGUGGAAUAGCUGGUGAGGAUGCACAGAACUCUGAGCAAAUAAAAUUGGUUGAGAGAAUUAAGAAUCUCAAAUUGGAUUUGAAUCGUUCAAUUGAAGUAUACAACAAGAAGUUUCAAGAACUUCAAAUGAGUGCGCCUUCAUCUGUUGAAAAUUUAAAUCAUUCGGAAGAAGGACCAAGUCGUAUUAAGUCAUGUUCAAGAUGUAAAAAUAUUGAAGAAGAAAGGGACACAUUAAAAGCUCAACUCAAUCGGGAAAUACUUUUGAAGAAUGAAUGUUUGGCAACUAGGGAUGAACUAGACAAAAAGUUUCGAGAAACACGCAGAUCGCUUGAAGAAAUGCGAGGUGCACUAGAGCUCAGUAACAGCCAAAUUGAGGAUUUACAAAACAAAUUACAGCGGAAUGAAUAUUAUUAUCAAAAUAAAUAUGGAGGAGCGAGGGAGCUUGAAAUAAAUGAUCUACGCAAACAAAUUACUGACCUUCGAAAUCGAAAUUUGGAAUUGGACAAUAAAAAUGAGCAAAUUUUGACAGCAGCACAAAGAUUUAAGGAAUUAAAUCAAGAAGAAUGUGCCAAUAAGGAUAGCGAAAUACAGCAACUACGCACCUCUUUGGAAAGUCAUGCACGAACAAUAAAACAAUUACAAGGAAAAUGUCAGCAAUUGGAAGAAAAAUGUCAGCAAUUGGAGGCAGAAAACAAGAACACCUUAGAAUUAAGAGAUGAAUGGAGACGAAAGGAUAUAAUGUUGAGAAAAUAUGAAGUAAAAAUUAAUAAUCUACGAGAAAUUUUGUCUGAUUAUGGGAGUUAUUUUGACCAAACUAUGGAUUAUGAACUAGUUGUAGAACGAUGCAAUACAUUACUUGCUGAGAAAAUAAAUGAAGGACACAGAAGUACAUCAUCAUCAGUGAAUAGCAUUCCGAAUAAUUGA